GAAGUAACAUUCAAAGUAUUCGCUGUGUCUGUAGAUUUCCUGAAAAAAGGUCGUUAGUAAAAUAAUUAUGAUAUAAAAUGUGCAUAUAGGAACUACUUAAACAGCGGAACUUGCGGUUUUACCCGGAACUUUACAACCGACGGACCAUGAAAACAAGCAGCUGAUCAAAUGAUCUCAGUUCUGUUUUAUCGUAAAUUCAAUUAAUUUAUUACAUUUCAGUACGUGUAUUUAGUAGGUUAUUGUUGACGUUAGUAUUGUCAUUAUCGUUUGUUAAUGCUCAGUCUCUAUAAACAUCGAAAACCAGUCAAUUUGGUGAUCUAAAGCAUCUAUAAUGACAUCUAAACCUACAUGUCUGAUUGUGGCCAGUGCUGCAUCUGCAGGAGUUUCAGCACGAUCUUUCCAUCAGUGUUUUCAUUUGUGCAGUUCAGUGUUUAACCUGCAGACAGCGACACCUGGCGGGAAGCCCAUCGACUUUGCCGGUGUGGAUGACAGCACAGCCCGCUGGGUGCAAGAGUUCAGCGUCAAACCCUACGCCAACCCGGCCAAGCUGGAGUCUAUCGAUGGUGCCCGCUAUCAGGCGCUGCUGAUCCCCGACUGUCCGGGAGCCCUGAACGAUCUCGCCCACAGCGGAUCCCUCGCACGAAUCCUGUCCCACUUCAUUUCUCAUCAAAGUGAGGAUCUCUGCUUCUCAGACAGCUCAGGGUUUAAUCCAUAG